AUUGGACUUUUGACUUAAAACUUUAGUUGCCAUAGUAACCGAGCUAUAGCCCUUUUAUUACCCAGUCCAUGUUAAUAUACUUUUAUAGUCUAUUUUAUUGCACAAAGAUAAUAAGAACCAAAAGGGCGGUGUUAACGUUUAACAUUACCUCCAGUACACUAGGUGGCGAUGUGCGCAAUUCAUUCACAAGUCUGGUUAUACGAAAAGAAGAAAAUUACACACACGACAUGUGAGAAAUACAAGGGUUUGAACUGUUUUCAAACAUGAAUCUCAGUAUGACUCGGAAGGGAGUUCGUGUGUUUCGGUAUACGGCGACUCUUUUGCAUUCAAGAAGACUGUCACAGGAUGUUCAACUCUCAUCUGAACAAACUAAUCCUGAUCCUGAUCAUGCUGACAUGAAAGAGGAGACCAGACGAGCACGGAGAGCACCAGAUACAGCAUCUGUUUUUCUUUUCCCUGGGCAGGGCAGUCAGUUCGUCGGCAUGGGGAGAGGACUGUUGAAAUAUGGAAAUGUCAAAGAGAUGUUUUCUGUAGCUCAAAAAGUGCUUGGUUAUGAUCUACUGUCUUUGUGUUUAAAUGGACCCGAGAAAGAUCUGAUGAAAACUGUUCACUGCCAGCCGGCAGUAUUUGUGUGCUCACUGGCUGCUGUGGAAAGACUGAACCACGAAAAUCCUGCUGCUAUUGAAAGCUGUGUGGCCGCUGCAGGGUUCAGUGUUGGAGAGUUUAGUGCUUUGGUCUUCUCUGGUGCAGUGGACUUUGCUGAAGCUCUGUUUGCUGUAAAGGUGAGGGCGGAGGCUAUGCAGAAGGCCUCCGACCAAGUGGCGAGUGGCAUGCUGUCCGUUAUUGGCCGAACCCAGGCCAACUACAAACAUGCCUGUCUUCAAGCUAGGGAGCACUGCCUUUCUCUUGGUAUCCAAGAGCCUGUGUGUGCCAUCGCAAACUACCUUUUUCCGGAUGGGAGAAUAAUAGCUGGACACAAAGAGGCUUUGGAUUUCCUUCAAGAGAAUUCCAAAAAGCUGCACUUCACAAGAACUCGAAUGCUGCCGGUGAGCGGCGCCUUUCACACCGCCCUGAUGGAGCCUGCGGUCGAACCCCUGAGAGACGUCCUCAGACGGAUAGAGAUACGGUGCCCAGAGAUCACCGUACACUCUAAUGUGGAUGGAAAGCGUUACAUGCAUGACAAGCACAUACAGAAGCAGCUGGCCAAACAGCUGGUGUCUCCAGUGAAGUGGGAGCAGACGCUGCAUGAGAUUUACGAAAGAGCCCAGGGGCGAGACUUUCCUCACACUUACGAGGUGGGGCCGGGUAGACAGUUAGGCUCGACUCUUCAAAAGUGCAACAUGAAAGCAUUUAAGAAUUAUACACAUGUAGAUGUUACGCUGCAAGAUGACUGAUGUUUGUGCAAUAAAAAGGAACCGUUGACUUUUUAAAAAAACACAAAAUAAGAAACAUUUUUAUAUUUGAAUAUUUUAUUGCGCAAAAAUUAUGUUUUGGAAAGCCCAGCCUUCUUAAAUAGUUCAGAAAUGCUUUUAGAGGAAGAGUUAACAAUUCAAUAGCCUAAUUGUCCAGCAAUAGAACACAAAAACACAUCUUUCACAGACCUGCACAUAUAUAAAUAUACAUAUAUAUGUGUGAACCAGCACUUAAAAACAGUAUAGUCGUUAUAAAAGAAAAUGCAAAUAAAAGCUUUGGUAAAGGUUUGGUAACAUUUGACCACUGUAAGGCCAAAGACCAGCUUUUGCCCCUCAUACCUCACAAAACCCACCCACCCAU